UGCUCAUGAUCAUCAAAUAACCUGGUAAUACUCUACAAGCCUUGUGCCGGUGUGCAGAGAGAGCAGAGUUGUUGUGCGAUGCAGAGGCAACAGCAACAGUUAGGACUUCUUUUUGAUCACUUUGAGAGCCGUUGGCUUUUUUGUAUAAACUAAAACUCACAGCUGUUGGAAGAACUGAUACACAACCACAAUGACUAUGAUUUGCAUAUUGUUGAUCACUCCGUGGUAAAAGACCGGAAGAUACAGCAGAUACGCUACAUGAAGGUAAAGGUGUGUCUGUGAGAGGUUGACCACAGGAAUGUGAGCUGCGGUGGGAGUGCACAUGGAGGUUCUGUGCCUGUAUAGGUAAAGAUGACUCUGCUGGCAGGCGACGGCUCAGACUAUGACUACAGCGCUCUGAGCUGUGCCUCCAAUGCCUCCCUCCUCCUCCCUCAACCCCCGCCCCUGUCAGAGCAGGAGGCCCUCAAGGGGGCCUACUACAAACGGGCCCAGCUCCUCCCUGAGGACCCAGACCACCUCCUCACCAACUCCACCUCGCUCUCCGCUGCCCGUAAACUCCACGCCAUUAUCAAUGUGGGCGGGCUGCGUUAUCAAUUACCAUGGACCACCUUGGAGGACUUCCCCCUGUCCCGACUGGGCCAGCUGCGCCUCUGCAGCAGCUUUGAUGAGAUCAUGUGCGUCUGUGACGAUUACGACGUUGCUAGCAACGAGUACUUCUUCGACCGUUCGCCCUGUGCCUUCCGCACCAUCCUGACCUUCCUGAGGGCCGGGAAGCUGCGGUCCCUCAGGGAGAUGUGUGCUCUCUCCUUCAGGGAGGAGCUGCUCUACUGGGGGGUUCCUGAGGAGAACCUAGAGUGGUGCUGCCGUCGCCGCCUCAUCCAGCGGGUGGAGGAGUGUGACGAGCUGGAGCGGGCCGCCCAGGAGGACGAGGAGGAGGAGCUGAUGAUGGACACCGACAGUGGGCACCGCAGGGGCAGCGCCGGCCUGGCUACAGAGACCCGGAUGGGACAUUAUAUGAACAAGCUGAGAGACAUGGUGGAGAGGCCUCACUCAGGCCUGCCAGGGAAGAUCUUUGCCUGUUUGUCGGUGCUGUUUGUCACCAUCACAGCUGUCAACCUGUCCAUCAGUACCAUGCCAGCCAUGAGAGAGGAGGAGGAGCAGGGCAAGUGCUCCCAGAUGUGCUACAACAUCUUCAUCGUGGAGACGGUGUGUGUGGGCUGGUUCUCCCUUGAGUUCACCCUGCGCUUCAUCCAGGACCGGGACAAACUAGCCUUCCUGAGACGCCCUCUGAACCUCAUAGACGUGGUGGCAAUCUUGCCCUACUACAUCACCCUGGUAGUGGACAGCUACCAGGGGGAGAAGAAGCUGGGCUCGGGCAGCAGUUACCUGGACAAGGUGGGUCUGGUGCUCAGGGUCCUCCGUGCCCUGAGGAUCCUGUACGUGAUGCGGCUGGCCCGCCACUCAUUGGGCCUGCAGACUCUGGGGCUUACUGCGCGGCGCUGCACACGGGAGUUCGGAUUACUCCUCCUCUUCCUCUGCGUGGCCAUUGCCCUCUUCUCCCCGCUGCUCUACCUCAUCGAGAACGAGAUGGCCGCCACCCAUGAGUUCAGUAGUAUCCCUGCCACCUACUGGUGGGCCGUCAUUACCAUGACGACGGUGGGCUACGGGGACAUGGUUCCGAGGAGCAUCCCGGGUCAGGUGGUGGCUCUGAGCAGUAUCCUGAGCGGGAUUCUUCUCAUGGCAUUCCCAGUGACCUCCAUCUUCCAUACGUUCUCCCGGUCCUACGUGGAGCUGAAGCAGGAGCAGCAGAGGCUACUGCAAAGACGGACACACUUCCUGUUACGCAGGAGGAUGGGUGGGCUGGGGAGCAACAUGUCGCUGGAGAGUGACUACCCCAGCUGUGGUUCCUCUGGGGCCAGGGACAACUGA